CCUCAGUAUUUAUUCUUCACAUUCAUCUGAUUCAUCUGAAGGACUCGGUUCUUCCGUUUUAUUUUUAUUGGAUAUUUAAUUCUAAAUAAAUUAACGCGAAGCUACCAAGGGCAGGCUACAGCGAAUGUCGCUUGAAGAUUAUUUUAAUAUUUUUUAGUGUCGUGAUUUUUUUUGCACGGCGAUUCAAGAUUCUGGAUGCAAAUUUCCAUAGGAAUUAAUUUGCGUAAAAUCCUCUGAUCAGUACUGCACGCAUCAUACAUCAUCAUCAUCACGCACCAUCAUCAUCAUCAUCAUCAGUUCCCCUGGCUGAAGGAUGGAGCAGCUCAGUCAGUGGCUCUGGAAGCAGGAAUACUGGCUUCCUCCGGGAAUCAGCUGGGAGGAUCUGGAGAAGAUGGAGGGCUCUCGGCGUCCUCUCCCGCGGGAUCUGCUCCUGGCUCUGCCUCUAGCUCUGGGAUUCAUCAUGCUUCGUUACGCUUUUGAGAGACGUGUGGCGUUUCCUCUCAGCAGAGUUUUAGGAGUGAAAGAUCGAGUUUGUUUGAAAAUCACUGCUGUCCCAAAGUUGGAGGCGUUUUACACUAAAAACAGCAGACAGCCGACGCAGAAUGAGAUCUCCAGCCUGGUUAACCAGUGCAACCUGACUCAUAGACAAGUUGAGACCUGGUUUCGUAACCGCAGAAACCAGGACAGACCCAGCAACAGUAAGAAGUUUUGCGAGGCCAGCUGGAGGUUUGUGUUCUACCUGCUUGCUUUCAGCGCGGGAUUCGCGUCUUUAAUUAACACGCCCUGGUUCUGGGAUCACAGAGAGUGCUGGAGAGGGUUUCCUCAACAGCCGGUUCAGGACGCUCAUUACUGGUACUACAUGCUUGAGCUGGGCUUCUACUGGUCUCUGCUGCUCUGUGUGUCUGUGGACGUCAAGAGAAAAGAUUUCAAAGAACAGAUCGUCCACCACUUCGCCACUAUCUUCUUGCUGAGUUUCUCGUACUGCUCCAACUACAUUCGGAUCGGGACCCUGGUGAUGCUCGUCCACGACUCCUCUGAUUUCCUGCUGGAGGUACGAGCUCGACCGCUGAGUCACGCAUUCAUGCUCAGAAACAACCAGUCUAACACGGCCAGAAAACUCCCCAAACACAUCACCAUCCCGAUCAUCUACACCACUCUUGUUUUGUCUAUGGAAGUGUUUGAGCCGUUUAUAGGAUAUUAUAUCUUUAAUGCGCUGCUGCUGGUGCUGCAGGUGCUGCACAUUUACUGGGCUUAUCUCAUCCUGAGAAUGAUCUACAAGUUUCUCUUCUUAGGGAAAUUGGACAAGGACGAACGCAGCGACGUUGAAAGUGAAGCAGAGGAGGAAGAGGAGGAGGAAGAUCGGUCUUCCUGGAGGAAGAGGAAGGUGGUUCUGGACUCCAGGCUGGCGAUGCUCAGCUCCAGCUGUGUUUUAAAUAACCUGACGAAUCAGAAAGCCGACGUGAACAGAAGACUGCCGAAAGCCAGAUAGCAGCACCGUGUUUCUCUUUCAUCCACACUGAGAUCAUCAGAGCAUCGCUGCAGAAAGACACACAAAGCACACACAUCACUCUCAUUUACACCCAGGAUGAAGGCUUUGUGAGGGAGAGGUAGAUCAAAGAAUUUCUCUUUAUUUAGUUGCACCUCAUAUCGCUACUAAAAGAGUAGAAUUGAAUGGAAAUAAAAAUACUUGCUGGCAUGUGCAUUUAGUUCAUGACAGAGCA